ACAAUUCAUUUAUUUUUUCAGAUGUAGCAUGUCAAAGAUGGCAGCUGAAAAAAAUGCAAUACCAACUGAAAACCUGCCAAGGACGUCAUGUUAUGAUGAGAACAAGGAUGCUCAUAUGAAAGCUUUCACUGGCAAGACUUCGCCGACGUGCGUAUCGGUCAGCCAGAACAAGUUAGUUUGACUGCGUGGUGCAGCACUUAUAUGCUUAUGGUACAUACACCAUGGCUACAAACAUUCAAUAAAUGUCAACACCUUUUAAUGCAUUACAGAUUGAAUCAAGCAAAGAAACUGCUGCCUCCCCAUUAGAAGCAAAGGUGUUGCCCCAUGCACCUGUCAGCACGACCACCAUGGUAAAUUGGCUGCCUGCAACUUGUGCACACAUUGCUUCGCCACUAAUUCCUUGGGAUUAAACUCUGACGUUGCAGGACGAUCUCCCAUCCCCUGACAGCAACAGCAUGGACAAAAUAAGUGACAAAGGAAAUAUGGUAAUUUCUUUUUGUAUAUUGUCACGUGGUGGUGACGUUAAGAACACAGUAGCAAUACUGCGAAAGGCAAAACUAGAUUUUAUUGGGCGAACCUGUGCCCACAAAACAGGCUACACUUAUAGCACAACGAAAGCGGCGAACACAGUCGGUGAUCGUCGGAAAUCUGAUCAGCGGGUCAAGCGCAUCGGCUUUUAUACAACAGUCGUCGAAUGUUCCAGACUAAUCGUUGGGACCCGCAUGCCUUCCACAAAGUUCUACAACAUUCGAGUCACGCGAUGAAAUCAGAUAACACAAGGUUCGGCGACAACAGACAGCCGGGUAGAAGCAUCGAUAACUUUCCAGAAACGUCGGAUACAUGCAGGCGCGUCCCUCGCUGUGCGAUUACAGUUGUUAAGCGGCGAAACGUGGUCGGCCGAUAAAGAUAAGCACACGUGUCAAUAUGUAUGUGUUGUGGUAGCUGUCUUUACCUAGACGGUGGCAUGCUUUCUGGAUUUACAUCGUAAAAGCAUUGUAGCACGUGGUGUGUGAUGGGUGCACAUUAACUGCAACUUGUGCACACAUUGAUUAACCACUGGUUCCUUGGACUGAACUCUAUCUGACAUUGCAGGACAAUUUCCCAUCCCCUAACAGCAUGGACCAAAGCCUUGCAAACACCAUAAGUGACAAGGACAUUGCAAAUAUGGCAAUUUAUUUUUUGUAUAUAUUUGUGAUGUGGUAGCUGUCUUUACCUAGCCGGCAGCAUGUUUUCUGGAUUAACUUCGUGAAAGGAUUGUGGUGUGUGAUGGGUGCAAAUUAACUGAUGCAAAAACCCUGGCUUUCCUACUUCCAACAUUGAAUUUAACACAUUGACGUGCAUUAUUGGAAUGACAAAAAGGAAGCUGCAUCUCGCAUCAGAUAUGUCAGACAUUAUAACUCUUGCUUUUGUUUUGUGACAGGAAUGUGCUUGCCAACCUGGCCCCGGAAAUUAAUGGCACAGUACUCAAGAGAAGAAAAAGACGUGGUAAAUUUCCUACUAGAAAUGGCUUCAGGGACAAGGCUUACAGAAAGCAAGGCUGUCCAAGUGACAUCGGGUACUUUUCCACAGAAGUUUGCGAACACGAUAAAUAGUAGCAACGUAAAUACGUUCACAGGCUUGCCAUCAUUCGAUGUUCUGAAUGCUCGUGUGACGUGCUACACAAAAAUUCAUCCACUUUCAGGAUGGCACCAGUUAUGUGCAAAAACAAUUGCAUUGACAUUGGUGAAAUUGAAACAUAUUUCCACUGCAUUCUUGAGUCACCUUUUUAACUGUUCUCUAACUACAUGUAGCAGCAUAAUUGCAGAGACUGCUCAGUUGAUGUCUGAAAUUUUAAAAGUAACUGUGGCUGUGCCACCAAAAGAAGAUGUUGAACAUUUGCCUGUCUGUUUUAAACACUUCAGUAAUGUGCGUGUCAUUGUAGAUUGCACCGUAAUUCCUGUUAGCCAGCCCAACUGUUUGCGAUGUGCAUUACAGACCUACCCCUUCUAUAAGAAAGGUUUCACGGUUAAAUAUAUAGUGACUGUGACACCAAGUGGUCUUAGUGCCCACAUAAGCCAAGGAUAUGGAGGCCGCACCUCAGACAAGGCCCUGUUUGAGCAAAGCUGCCUCAUCAUGCAACUAGACCCGAUAUCAGAUGCCAUAAUGGCGGACCGUGGCUUUCUUAUUGAUGACAUUUGUGCGGACAACUUAAUUGAAUUAAUCAGGCCUCCAUUCAGAAAACAAAAGCAGAUGCCAAAGGGUGAUUCACUUAGGACACAAAAGAUAGCAUCAGCAAGAGUUUAUGUAGAGCGUGCUAUACAGCGAAUGAAAAUAUUCAGUGUUGUCAACAAGAAUCCCAUGGAGCAUGGUGGGAUUACUUGACGACAUUGUCAUAAUAGCUGCAGGCAUCACAAACCUUUCAUCACCGAUUUUAGCAACACAUCAAUUUUUGUGAGUCCUACAUCAAUACAUUUCCCAAACGUAUUUUGUGCAUCGUAAAAGUGGUUCGUGCUUUCCACGCAAGGAAGUUUUAAAAACUUUACAGGAGUGGAAGCGCCCUGUUCCUUACCAUCAGAGGUGAAGCCAGCGCUUGCCCUUAUUUUACAUUUGAAAUAGACCUUCGUUGGGUUGUCCUCUUACAGAUCAAGUGGUUUGGCUCUGGUAAUGUAAUUGCGUGGUCAAUUAGAAACUAAAAGCAUGUUGUUCCUGUCAGAAGUAUUAUCUUCCUCUGAAUAUUGAUUACGUUAUUUCUGAAACAAUUUACCAAGAAUUUCAGGCUUCAUCUUAAAACCAGUAACACUAAGAUACACGUCAGCCAGUCUCUGUAUGGCAAAAUAAGUCACGUUAAUGGGGUAGGGACAUAAAAUUUUUGGCUUGCGCGUUCUUUGUUUCAAACGUUUCUUAUUGCUCCAGGAAGCAUGGUGCACACUCGAAUACUCUUAUAUUCCAGUAACUCUUAUAUUCUCAGUAAAUAAGUUAAUAUCGCAUUAUUUAUGUGAACGAUUUUCAGUUUCGGUUUGUGGGCGCAGAGUUGGACAGUGAUGUCAAUGUCUAGGAAGCUUGGUCACGUGGGCCCACCAAGCUGUGACGCACACACUGCUGCAUCGUCUGGUCUUGCACACACAUUCUGUACCAGUGCAGAUAAACAAAACCACGCCGACAGUUGUCUUGGCUAGCUGCGGCAGCUCCAAUUAUGACUCUACGACUGACGCGGCUCAUUGUCCUCUAGACUCGAGCCUCUCUAGGCUUGCCCAGUGCUGUGGGUCACCACUCGUUGCACGUCACUCUAAUGUGGUAUGACGUCACUAAAACUUUCGUUGUGCUUCCAACACAGUGACAUCGGUGUCAAUCGCGGUAGUGAUGGGUUUCGAUCACGAGAACGAGCAUUUAGGCACUCUUUGGAAGAGAAUUAAAAUAUACUUUAAACUUUUCUGUGUCCAGCACUUCAUGUUGAGUGUCUUUGCAUACAGAGGAAGCCUACAGUAUGCUUUUUAUAGCCUCAAAAUUUGGUGUCUCGACCCCUUUAAACUAGUGGGAAGUGUGAGGAAAGCACUUCUUUUCCUGCAUUGAAAAGUAAUCUUUUAUAGUGCCUCUCCUAAAAUGGUGGUGUUGGUUCACUUUUGGCACAUAAAUUCCCUGCCAACAAUUUUUUUUAUAUUCCUUGUUUCCAUUGUGUACUUCCUUACUAUAGCCUGUUCUAAUGUUUUGAUUGCUUUUUUUUUACAUCUCCACAAUCUUGUGUAUUGUUGCAGCCCAUUUGAACUUAACAUGUGUUGCUACGUUGCCUGAGUUUAUUUUUCUUUGUUAGGAAAACUUAAUUGUGCAUGGCCUGGUAAGGGCCCCUCACCAGGCCCUAUUGCAAAUUUUGGUUAUGCACUGGUAUAUGCAAGGUGUCAUCUAGAAAGCCUUUUUUUCAAAUUUUUUCAAAGA